UACUCUUUGUUGUGGUGUGCGGGCUUCUCAUUGUGGUGGCCUCUCUUGUUGUGGAGCAUGGGCUCUAGGCACACGGGCUUCAGUAGUUGCAGCACGCGGGCUCAGUAGUUGUGGCUCGUGGGCUCUAGAGUGCAGGCUCAGUAGUUGUGGUGCACGGGCUUAGUUGCUUCGCGGCAUGUGGGAUCUUCCCGGGCCAGGGAUCGAACCCAUGUGUCCUGCACUGGCAGGAGGAUUCUUAACCAGUGUGCCACCAGGGAAGUCUCCCCCACAAGUUACUAAUACAAGGAUAAUUUGGUAUACAUCUUUAGCCAGCUGACCAUGGCUGUGGACCUUGGGAAAAUUGGAAAACUUCUCCGAGCCCUAGUUUUCUCAUCUCUGAUAUGGACAGGAAAAUUACCUUAUGGGGUUACUACAGAGAAUAAAAGAAAUUUAUGAAGUGUGCCUAGCAUUGUGUCCAAACCCUAGUGGAUACGCAGGAAGUGAUAUUAGUUAGUUUUUGUUGUGACCUUUUCUUUUUUGAGUUAAAAAUCUUUCUUCCUGGAUAUUCCCAUUUCAUUCCUGUUCCGUCCUCUGUAGACAUAAGAUUAAUAGUCUUCCCUCUUCCACCCUUUUUCUUUUCUCCAGCAGAAACAAUGCCAGGGGCUUCCACUGUGUUUUGCAUGACAUGAUAGCACAGCUUCAAAUUCCCUCAUCAUCUUAGUCCUCAGUGCUGUCCUGCCCACCACCAAGCUGGAAUCAUUCUGGCCAAAGAUGCCUCUCUUUGGGAGUACAUUCAGCCCGAAGAAGACGCCCCCUCGGAAGUCUGCGUCUCUCUCCAACCUGCAUAAUUUGGAUCGGUCGACCCGGGAGGUGGAGCUGGGCCUUGACUAUGGAACGCCCACCAUGAACCUGGCCGGGCAGAGCCUGAAGUUUGAAAACGGCCAGUGGAUAGCAGAGACAGGGAUUAGUGGAGGUGUGGACCGGAGGGAGGCCCAGCGCCUCCGGAGGCGGAACCAGCAGCUGGAGGAAGAGAACAAUCUCUUGCGGCUGAAGGUGGACAUCCUGCUGGACAUGCUCUCUGAGACCACUGCCGAAUCCCACUUAAUGGAGAAGGAGUUGGAUGAACUGAAGAGUGUCAGCCGCCGGAGAAAAUGAAGACCCCAGAGACACCCGUUAGGAGCACAGGGGGGGAAGCCCAUUCGUCAGGAGAGGAGGGCGUGGCUGAGGGAAUUUUUAACCAAACCAGUGGACUAGGUCCUGGGAGAGAGGAUCAUGUAAGGGGGCCGAAAGGCACCGGCCCCUUAGGUUGGCGGUAGGAAGGUGACAACGUCGUGGAUUCCAGGCCUCCUCAGGGAGGUCUGGGGUGACGGAGGCCUUUGGGUGUCCUCCAGUCACUUAACACACAAAUGCCCGGGGCCCAGGCUCACCCUCAUCGGACGGAGUUCGUCGUAUCAUCCCCUCACGCUGUUGUGCGUGGUGUGGCAUCAGGUGUACAGAGCCUUGUUGCUAGGGGUCUCAGCUAAGAAGCUCUCCCGGUUCUCCGCCCUUCAGGCCACUCUCUCCCUCCUUUAAAGAAUACUCGUUCCCCAGAUCCGCA